GUUAACAUUUAAAAUUCUAAUCCCAUUGAAUAUUUGUUAAGGUGUCGUGUAAACAUUUCAUUACGAUUGCUUGAUUUAAAGAUAGUGGUUCAUCAAACUAUAGUCGCCAUUUAUGUGAAAUUUAUUCCUGAUCCUGACCACAAUAUUCUAUCAAGAAACUAAGAUCAGGUGGUGAAUAACAAAGUAAUGGCUCAAUCACAGUGUGUUGAGGUUCCUCGCAACUUUGUGUUACUGGAGGAAUUAGAUGAAGGUAUCCAAGGAGGUGGGGGUGGAAAGGUUAGCUGGGGGCUGGAAAAUCAGUGCGAUUCAAGUCUAACUUACUGGAGAGGCACCAUUAUUGGCCCUGCAAAGACCAAAUUUGAAAACAGGAUUUACACUCUGCGUGUGACUUGCGGUGAAGAUUACCCAAAGAAACCACCUUCUAUUCGCUUCCUUACGCGGAUUAAUCUUACUCAAGUUUCAAGUGCUGGAGAAUUGGACAAAUCCUUUUUAGUUAAUUGGAAGAAGGAGAAGAGAAUCAAACACGUGCUUACUGAAAUUCGUAACUUCAUGUGCGAAAAAAAUAACGCAAAAUUGAGCCAGCCACCAGAAGGCUCCUCAUAUUAGUGAAGACGAAAUGCACAAAAAUCUACUGUACAAUAUUAGGAUGUGGCUCCAAUUGACACAUGUUGCUUCAGCAUGUGGACAACCCAAGUAUAUUUGUGAAACAUUGAAGGUAUAAUGUACCAGUUAUUUAAAAUGAAUAGGGAAACCGCAAAUCAUGUAAUAGAUUAUUAUCGAGUUCCCAAAUCUUAAAUUAAUAAUCACGUUGUAAUUCAACGUGGUGUGUUAUUGUCUUCUUAAACGGUUUAAAUGUGGUUUGAAACUUAAUACUUGUCUAUAUUUAAUACAAAUGUAUUAACAAACUUUUGUGCAAGUUUUAUAAGUUAUAAAAAUAUAGCAGUGUAGCAAAAAAUUUAAUUUUUUAUUCCAUUGACCCCACAUAAUGAUUACUUGUUAAACAUUCACUGCUGUUAUAACGGAUACUUCUCGCACGUUCGUUGUCGUCUGCUUAAUACAGUGGAAAAUUAGAAAAUG